AUGAGCGAGCAGGCGCAUUACAAUGUGCGCCAGAGUGCGUCUCACGCCAAGUCGAUAGGAAUCACGCAGCGCGCCACGCCUCUGCGGUUUCCGUGGGUGGGCGACCUGCGCGUGAGAUUCUCAGACUUUCAAGUCAAUGAGAUUGGAAAAGACGGUGCCGUUGUGCAUCUGCGCAAGAUCGGGUUGGGUGGCCAGGAAAAGCAGGUGAUUGAUGACCGGAAGUUGACCCAAGAUGCAGCUGGAUCUGACCGACUUGAUAGACAACAGACGCUGCGCCAGCCGAAGAGGUCGGAGAAGGAAAUUAUCGAGGUUCCAGCAGAAGACGUCACAGCUCUCAGCAACCUGGCUGGCGAAAAGUUUGCGCAAGAGCUCGUGGACCUGUUCCAAGAAAGCCAGGUAGAGGCUCCGGAGAAGAAGAAGUCGGUCACUUCUGAACCCGUCGACGACAAGUUCAAGCGCGGAGAGAUUCACCAGGAGAUUCGACGCAUCUUCAACUCCAGGAUAGAGACCAGCACAGACGAUGCCGGCGCUAUCGUUGCAAGCUAUGCGGCGCCCACGCGGAGAGGCAAACGAGGCCGGGGCGGACGCAAUCGGAACCGUAACAGGCAAGACGACCAGCCUAUUGGCGAGUAUCUUCACUUCACCCUCUUCAAGGAUAACCGCGACACCAUGGAUGCCGUCAACCAGAUUGCCCGCAUCCUCAAGGUGAAGCCUCAGGUGAUCAACUACGCGGGUACCAAGGACCGACGUGCUUCCACAGUCCAGCGCUGCUCCGUCCGAUACACGCGGGACCGAAGUCUUGCAGGCAUCAACGGGAAGCUCUGGGGCAUAACGACGGGCGAUUAUGAGUACAAGUCGGAGCCCAUCCACCUAGGAGAGCUGCUGGGCAACGAAUUUGUCAUAACGAUCAAGAACUGCCAGAUUGUCGGCGAUGCCAGCACGAAACCGAUAUCCGAGCAGGUCGAGCUGAUGCGUGAAAAUGUCCAGUCCGCAUUGGACCACAUGACGGAGCAUGGAUGGAUCAACUACUUUGGCCAUCAGAGAUUCGGCACUCAUCAGAUCGGAACGCACGAGAUUGGAAAGCUCAUCUUGGGCGACAACUACGAGGCAGCAAUCAACGCCAUCCUCGCCUACGACGAAGAAAUCGCCCACAAGGCAGAGACAGAGGGCAUCCCGGACGAGCCGGCCAAGAGGGACGAAUACAACCGCCACCUCGCCUGCAUGCUCUUCAAGACGGAAAAGGACGUAGACAAGGCCAUCGAGAUCAUGCCCCGGCGGUUCUCGGCCGAAGUAUGCGUCCUCCGUCAUCUCAACAGGCAGGGCAAGCAGUCCCGAAGAGACUUUGUCGGCGCCCUCAUCCACAUCACCCGAGGCCUGCGCUCCAUGUAUCUCCACGCAUUACAAUCCUACGUGUGGAACCACGCGGCGAGCAGGCGAUGGGAGCUCCACGGCGAAAAGGUCGUCAAGGGAGACCUCGUCAUCGCCGAGACCGAGGCCACGCCGCAAAUCAGCGGCCAGGACCAAGACGGCGACGACAUUGUUAACCCCGUCGUUGAGGACGACGACGACGUGCCCCUGCGCGCCAGACCGCUCACCGAGGAAGAGGCGGCAAGCGGCAAGUACACGAUCCACGACGUCGUCCUCCCCACGCCGGGCUACGACGUCAUCUACCCGGAUAACGAGAUUGGCGACUUCUACGUCGACUUCAUGGGCCGCGAGGAGAACGGCGGGCUGGACCCGCACAAGAUGCGCCGCAUGCGCCGCGAGUUCAGCCUGCCCGGGCGGUACCGCAAGCUGAUGAACAAGUUCCUCGGCACGCCCGCCGUCGAGUUCAAGACGUAUGUGAGCGACGAGGAGCAGAUGCACCCGACGGAUCUGGAUCUCAUCAGAGCUGCUCGUAAGGCGAGCGGUAACAACAAUAGCAACAGCAACAGCAACAGCAACAAGCGUUCUCGCGAAGAGAGUGACGAUGCGAGACCGAGCAAGGUGGCCAAGGUACAACAGGAAGACCAAGAGUCUGACGCCGUCACGCAAAACGAGGCAACAAACGAAGCUGCCGCCACCGGCAAUGACAAAGCCGAAGAGUCUGCAGAGACUACAAGCGCACAGGAAACCAUGGAGGUAGACCAGCCCCUCAAGAUUGCAGCAGUCAUCAAGUUCCAGCUCGGCAGAAGCGCCUAUGCAACCGUCACGCUGCGAGAGCUCAUGGGCGACCCCCCGGAGAGCAACACCGCCUGAGGGAAGAAGCAUCACAAUCUUAUACUAUUGCAUGAGUACUAAGACAUGCUGGUGGUCUGCUUUCAAACAUUAUAAUGGUCUGUCGUAGCAAUGAU